AGCUGAUUCACGACAGUUUCUCAAACAUACAUCCGCCUCACUUUACGGUAGUUUACAUCGCUUGCAGCCAGGCAUCCUUAAAAGGUGAUGCGUAUUGGACUUCCCUGUGCAGAGACGCUGCAAGGUGGAUCGGUAAAAGCUUGGAUUUUGACAGUCCUCGUGAGCGUGUUUAUGUUCCAGCUGCUGAGGACUGUUGGACUGAGGGCGUUCUCCAUGGCAUCAGAGACGUACACAUCGGGCACGCACUCCGCUGCCUUCGUCACCUGUCCCAAUGACACAGUGGCUAAAGACCUGGCCAGGGGCAUUGUGGAGAAGAAGCUGGCUGCCUGUGUCAACAUCGUUCCGGCGAUCACAUCUGUGUAUGAAUGGCAGGGGAAGAUUGAGGAAGACAGUGAGGUGCUGCUGAUGAUUAAAACAAGAAGUUCCAAAGUGCCGGCUCUUGCUGAAUAUGUUCGUUCGAACCAUCCUUACGAGGUGGCCGAAGUCAUCAGCAUGCCCAUCGACCAGGGGAACCCGCCUUACCUAAAGUGGAUUGGAGAUGUCGUCCCUGAAUAAGGACGGACUAAUGGAUGAGUGAAUGAGUUAAUGGAUGGAUGGAUGCAAAUGAAUCUAAACAAAUGUGAAAUUACUGUUCCCUAUUUGCGAAAUGAUAUCUGAUGCUUAGACACACUCUGAGCACCACUGUCCAAAUUUGUAAUGUUAUAACAAAGCUGUACAAGACAAGACAAGACAAGACAGUGCCCAUCAUGUGGAUUUUAAAAUAACACACAAACUGUUAUGUCCUCUAAUCCUGUUUUGCUUUGUCUCAGCAAUCAUUUGAAGCCUUUUAAGUGGGUGAUAUUUUUUUCUCCUCUAGUAUAUUUGACUCUAGAGGGCAGCAUUGUUCCUUUAUUUUCAAAAGUUAAAGAAGUGUAGAAUAAACCUGCUACAACUUGUGAGUUGCUUGAAUAAAGAGCAAAGAAGCA